AAGCAAGAUGCUUUGGAGAUGAAAGAUAAACAAAUUGAAGAAAUUCAUCAAGCUUUGAGAAUGAAAAAAGAUGAAGAAAUGGACAGACAGAAGAAAAUACACAACACUCACAAGAUGAUAGAGGACUGGAAGAAUGAGCUCAAUGCAAUGGCGGUCUGUGAGAAUCUUCAGCCACAAAUUGAUGCUAUUAAUAAUGAGCUGAAAAAAUUACAAGAAGAAAGGGCAAAUCUUGAUAGUGAUAUCAGUGACCUAACAGCAGAGAAAAUGAACCAACAAAGGGAAGAGAAAAGUAAGACUAAUUGAUCGCCUUGGACAACUUAAUAAUAUAAUGAAUAUGAAGGAAGAGACUCUUAAAGGGAGAUUCCGAGACACACACUCUGCUCUUAUGUGGCUAAGAAAGAACAAAGACAAGUUUAAUAAAAAAGUUUGUGAACCCAUGAUGCUUGAAAUCAGUAUGAAAGACAACAGACAUGCUAAAUAUGUUGAAAAUCACAUUUCCUCCAAUGACAUGAAGGCUUUCGUUUUUGAGAAUCAAGAAGACAUGGAAAAGUUUCUUGUGGAGAUGCGCGAUCAUCAGAAACUAAGAGUGAAUGCUGUAUGCGCACCUGCUAAAUCGUGUGCUGAAAAUUUACCUUCGAGACCUAUUGAAGAAUUACACCGAUACGGAUUUUUCUCAUAUUUACGAGAGUUAUUUGAUGCACCUCAUCCUGUGAUGAGUUAUCUUUGCUCCCAGUACCGUGUUCAUGAUGUCCCUGUGGGAACAGAGAAGACCAGAAACAUGAUUGAAAGG